UUUUUUUUUUCUUCUUUUUCUCUUCCCAUCUUGUUUUUAAAAAGAGAAUCAUAAAAAGCAAUCAUGUCUUCUGCUGCCCUGAAAAUGAUCAAUCCCAACUCGGAUGUUGCCCGUCGUGGUCAAGCACUUCAACUGAACAUUACAGCUGCGAUCGGUUUACAAGAAGUACUUAAAUCCAACUUAGGUCCUCGAGGUACUAUUAAAAUGUUGGUGGAUGGUGCUGGUGCUAUCAAGCUUACCAAGGACGGUAAAGUCUUGUUGAGUGAAAUGCAAAUUCAACACCCUACAGCCGCCAUGAUUGCAAAGGCUGCUACUGCACAAGAUGAAAUCACAGGUGAUGGCACUACUUCCAUUGUGUUGUAUGUUGGUGAACUCUUGAAACAAGCUGAACGUUACAUUUCUGAAGGUCUUCAUCCUCGUGUCAUUACAGAAGGUUAUGAUUUAGCAAAGAAAGAAGCUUUAAACUUUUUGGAAUCAUUCAAGACACCUCAAGCUGAGAUUGACCGUGAAUUGCUUGUGUCUGUUGCCCGUACUUCGCUUCGUACCAAGGUGCACCGUGCCUUGGCUGAUACGUUGACAGAGGCUGUUGUGGAUGCUGUCUUGGCCAUUCAUCGUGAAAAUGAGCCUAUUGAUCUUCAUAUGGUUGAAAUUAUGAAGAUGCAGCAUCGUUCUGAGACAGAAUCUAGACUUGUUCGUGGUCUUGUCAUGGAUCAUGGUGCCCGUCACCCUGACAUGCCCAAGAAGAUCAAGGACGCCUUUGUCUUGACCUUGAAUGUCAGUCUUGAAUACGAGAAAUCAGAAAUCAACUCUGGUUUCUUUUAUUCUACACCUGAGCAGCGUGACAAGUUGAUUGAGAGUGAACGCAAGCAUGUUGAUGAUAAGGUGAGACGAUUAGUCGAGUUUAAGAAUGAAGUCUGUUCAGGCGAACAUGCUGGUCGUGGCUUUGUGAUUGUGAACCAAAAGGGCAUUGAUCCUCUCUCGUUGGAUUUGUUGGCUAAGCAUGGUAUUCUAGCUCUCCGUAGAGCCAAGAGAAGAAACAUGGAGCGUCUUCAAUUGGUCUGUGGUGGUGUUGCUCAGAACUCAGUAGAUGAUUUGACACCUGAAGUACUUGGUUUUGCUGGCAAUGUCUAUGAACAAGUCUUGGGUGAAGAAAAGUUUACUUUUAUUGAAGAUGUCCAAGAUCCUUACAGUGUGACUAUCUUGGUCAAGGGUCCUAACCCUCAUACGAUUGCACAAAUCAAUGAUGCUGUCCGUGAUGGUCUUCGUGCUGUCAAGAAUGCGAUUGAAGAUAAAUCAGUUGUUGCUGGUGGUGGUGCUUUUGAAGUAGCUCUUGCUCAACAUUUAGUUCAAUACAAGAAGCAAGUCAAAGGACGUGCCAAGAUGGGUGUUCAAGCCUUUGCUGAUGCUAUGAUGGUGAUUCCUAAAGUACUUGCUCAAAAUGCAGGUUUUGAUGCACAAGAUGUGAUUGUUGCCUUGCAAGAUGAACAUAUGGAUGGCCAUGUGGUUGGUGUUGAUCUAAAGACAGGUGAAACGAUGGAUCCUAAGCUUGAAGGUGUCUGGAACAAUUACCGUGUUCAUCGUCAUAUGCUUCAUUCAUGUUCUGUUAUUGCAAGCAAUCUUUUAUUGGUUGAUGAAAUGAUGCGUGCAGGCAGAACUUCAUUGAAGGGACCUCAAAUUGGAGAAUAAAAUAUUUGUAUUUUGACAGAAGGGUUACACUUAUUUUCUUGACGAUAACAAAAUCCAAACAGACACAUCUCCGAUAAUACAAGGUGAUCAUUUAACUAUCUGUUGACACACGUGCCUAUAGUCAUGAUACUAUAUACACUGUAUAUUCAUCUAAGUCUUGUAUGUAUCCUAUCUGGUGUGGAACCCUAAAUAAGGUUAAAGUUUCCAAAAGGGAAGAGGAGGGGGGUCUCUUUAUAUCAGAUAAUUAAUUUAUAAAAUAAGGGUUCAAAUCAACAUUUAAUUUUUAAAACUCAUUUUGAUACUCUUUAAAGAACGUGUUUGAAUUUCCUAUUAAUGCCUUGAAACAAUAUAUGAUGUAUUGGGA